AUGAACCUUCACCAGUCUGCCCAUAUCAUCCCGCAGCUUCUCGGUGCCAUUGUUGAGGCGGUCCGCUUCCUCGGGCCUGACCAUUGUGUCAUCUCAGUCGUGGAGGGACGAUCAACAGAUGGCACAUUUGAGAUCUUGAAGAGCCUGGUGAAGGAGAUGGAGCACCUCGGUGUCUCUUACUUCCUGUCUUGCAAUGAGUUGCAGCCUGGCGGAAACGGCAUGGAACGUAUCUCGACUCUUGCUGAGCUGAGGAACUUGGCGCUCGGACCACUAACCCGACACCCGGAUCAGUUCGACUUGUCGACCACGAUCAUCUUCUUGAAUGACAUUGCACCAUGUGUCGAAGACAUUCUGGAACUCAUCCUGCAGCGAGCGCUCCUUGGCGCUGACAUGACCUGCGGAAUGGAUUGGUACAACUUGGAUGACGGACAAGGCGGCACCUUCUACGAUUCGUGGAUCGGAAGACAGAUGAAUGGCGAGACGUUCUUUGAGGUGCCGCAAAGCACGUCUUGGGAUUUCUCCAAGAAUCUGUUCUGGGACCAUGAGACCAGCAAGUUACGGUACUCGCUCGGCCAACCAUUGCAGGUCUUUUCCUGUUGGAAUGGUGCCGCGGCGAUAGCUGCCAGCCCGUUCAUGGAUGGAAGGAUAUGGUUCAGAACGGAGAUGCAGGGCGAAUGCCAUCUCGGGGAGCCGGUCCACCUGGCAAAAGACCUCUGGAGACUUGGUUAUGGCAAGAUCGCAGUGAUCCCAGGUGUCAAUAUUGGGUACUCAGUCGUAGACUCGAGGAUAGCGAAGGACGCACACGGGUGGGUUUCGGAGGUGGUCGAAGAGGGACCCAUGGAGCCGAACCGCAUUGUUUGGCAGGAAAGGCCGCCAGGUCAAAUCAAAUGUUUGGAAGGAGAUUGGCACAAGCCGUCGUGGGAGCCUUUCGAUCUUGACACUUGA